GAUUUCGGAAAAAACUGUUAUUGCUCAAAGCACGUUUUAUUACGCCUUAUUUUUAUGAUGAUACUUUUUGGCGGGAACGCGAGGAGUGAAGUUGUGUGAUUUGUUUUAAUUUGUCUACCUGUAGUAGUGGAAUGAAGGGAGACAAAUACAUAUCCGUCCGUGUCCGCGCAGAAUAAUUGUUCCGCUGCCAGUGCUGCCAUUAUUGUAUCAAGAGUUGUGACUUUAAUUAUACACAUAGUAUAGAUUAUAAACUUAUUAUAUGAUUAUACAUAGUCUACUCAAAGAUUGGGAAUGUUUUAGAUCAAAUAAAAUGAUUCACCAACGUGCGGAAAUGGACAGAAUGAUCGAAUUGAAUCAUUUUGAGUCGCUCGCUUCAAUAGAAUACAUAAUUUAAAGGGUCAACAACAACAACAAGUCAACAACAAUCCACAGUAAUCCACACAAGUUUCAGACAGGCCAAGGCGUACGCUUUACUAAUAAAACCUAUUACAUACUAACUUUCGAACCAGGUCGGUACUAGGUAUCCAAAGACUAUGUAAAAGUAUUUUAUGUAUCCAAUAAAGAAACGUGAGGAGAAAUAUCAAAUUAUUUGCCUUGAUAAAAAAACGUGCUAAUUCCAUCAAAUAAUUGAAAAUGAAGAUCAUCCAAUUGUUCAAUACAUAAAAGUUGAUGUGCUAUAUGAGUUAAGAGCCUAAUGUUUAUCUAGCAAGCAUUAUAAAUUUUACCUACAUCUUUGAAAAUUGAUGUGAUGUCGUCCAAAUCUUUGAGAGUAAUUCCUAGCACAGUGGGCUAUGGAAAAUAUACUAGGACCUUUGACUUCACGGAGUUUUACAAAAGCACAUCAGAACUUCCCAAAAGAUGGGAAAAUAAUACUGCAGGUAGUUCUGCAGAUACACAGUUAAAUAAUGUGGAUAUUAGUGAAGAAACUAAACUUAAAAAAAAGAAGAAGAAAUCGAAAAGAGAUUCUUCAAAUGUCUCUGAAGCAAUAGUAAAAAGCUCUAGCAUAAAUUCUAAUGUGAAAUUGAAAGGGAUCUUAAAAGUAUCUCCAGCUCCUGAAGAUUGUACAAAAGACACAGCCAGCACAAAUCAAAGUAAUCGAAAUUCUGACAAUGAUAUAAAAGAUGGUACAAAAGCAGCAGUAACAAAGCCAAAUAAAAGAAGUAAGUCUUGUAGCUUCAUGCUUGAAGAUACUCAAGAAAUAGCUGUUAAAAAACCUAAAUCAGAAGGAUCAUUUGUUGAAAAUAGAAAAAUUAAAGACAGCCGAAAAGAACAUCAGAAAUCAAUUGAUGGUCAGAAUGGUAAUCAAUAUAAAACUAAAAUAUAUAGGAGCCAGAAACAUUCCUCUAAUAAUCGAUCACAAGAUUCUGAAGAUACAAAAGCUCUUGAAAAAUUAACAAAACGUAAGAAACUAAAAAGACUAAGUCAAGAUACUGAACAAACAGCAGAAGAAAAUACAGAACAAGCAACACGGAAGAAACCAAAAAACUCAAAAAAGAAGCGGCAUCAAGAGAUGGAACUUGAUGAAAAUGAAACUAAAGCAGAAGUAAAAACUGAUAUCUUAACAGAAAAUUUAGAAAAUCUUAACAUUGGUGAUAAUGCUCACACACUAACAAACCUACUUGACGAAAUGGCAGUAGUGGAUAAAUCAAAAACAGAAAAGAAACAAAAAAGAAAAGAUAAAAAGAAAAUUGGCACAGAAAGAGAUAAAGACUUAGAAAAAGAAGAGAAUGAGAAAGUUAAAUGGAGUAAAAGGAAAUGGAAUAAAGAUAAAAAAGGAGGUAUUGAGAAUGAGAAUUUAGACACAACUGUUGUCAUAGAAAAUUUACCUAUUUCUAUAAUGUUAACAUACAAGAAGUUGUUGACAGAUCAUUUUGUGAAAUAUGGACUCAUAAAGAAUAUUGGAAUAGCCGAAGUAUAUCCUACUGAGGAAUCAAAACCAGUGUUUACAACUACUAUUAAGUUUUAUAGUGAUGGAGCUGCCACAGAGGCAUUAAAUGAGGACAAUGCUACGUUCGAAGGCAGCAGUAUACGGGUGAAGCGACCCUUGCCUGCCACCGAAACCACCAUAGUACUCCGGUCAUAUUCAGAAUUAAAUGAACAAACUGUGUGUUCUCUCUUCACUGGAAUCGGCAAGAUAAGGAGUAUAAGAUUAAUUAUUAAAGGAAGGAAAUCUUUAUCGACUGCAUUCAUCGAGUUCGCCGGUCCCGAGUCGGUGGAGAAGGCGCUACAGAAGGCUGCUCAUAUUAAAAUAGGAAAGAAGAAAGUCCACGUCGCGAGAUAUCAACCCCGUGAGAAGAAACCUAAAUCAGAUGAAGGGCAAAAGGAAAGCGACUCCGAGUGAAGUGACAUCCUCGGGGAAACAUUAUUAUGAACUGCCCACAACAUACUUUUGUAACUAAAUAUUUCUAAUAAUAAACUUAAGUAAACAUUGAUCCCCUCUCACCAUCAAAUAAUUAGGGGGCAGAAUCAAAUUUUCGAACGCAAGCAUUGCACUAUUAUUAUAACUUAAACAGGGCACGGAGCCUACAAUCUGUUUAAGUGGUUACCUGCGCUUAUGUACAUCAAUAUGUGAACCAUGUUGAAUAACAUGGUCGAUAUUUCACGUGUAAUGUGUAGUUAAAAGGUAUUGUAUAAUUGUAACACAUCCAGAAAACGUAAUAUAAUUUUGUUAUUGACGUUUGACUCUCAAUGUAUAGCGUACUCAAUGCAUUGUUGCUCUCUUGACUGAGUUCUUGGUGACCAGUGUGCUUAGUGCAAGUUUUUUAACGUUCUCUAUAGCGUAAAAGAGUCUACUAUUAUCAAAGCCGGCAAUGUGACUUUUUGACAAUUAUUGGUUAAUCAAAAAAAAACGAAUCAUUGACUUUGUAUUCCAUUGGCAGUCACAAAACUCUUUUGUAUGACAUCUUAGAUAAAUAACAGGUUAAGUUAAUACUUUAUUUCACCAAUAACCAUUCUAUAACAGUAUUUAUUACCAUUUUAAUUUUGCAUAUUUCCGACUUUGUUAGUAUUUUUUUAUGAAUGCCGUCUUUGAUUAUGAAUAAGGCGCAGAUAGCCGUAUUUGAUAUUAAAGACGCCAUUUCCGAAUCAGGGUUGUCAAACAAGCACGGAAAAAAAAACUUUUACCGAUUGGAAUAAUAAAUAGUAAUACCAGAUAGUUUUAAAAAUCUUUAAUUAUUCAUUUAUAAAAUAUAAAAUCAUAUGCGUAUGUCAUUGACCUCUUCCAAGGGCCCCUCGCAAUAGUGCUCCUGAAAUUCAAGAGCAAUAAGAUCGGCCUGUGUUUCUAAUAUAUCUUUAUAAAUAGAUAAAGCUUCUAUUCCUCUCCAAUCUGGGCCGAAAUGUUUUUGGAGUAAUUUGGUAACAUCAGCCAAUUUAUUUUUAUUUACGGGCGUUAUAUUAGGCAACGACCUAGGUAUCAUAUUACUAAUAGUUUUAUUACGUUGACAAAUAUUUUGUGAUUUUCCAAGAUCAUUUUCAUAGUAAAGUUCUCCCCUUACGAGUACAUUGCCGGUUACUUUAGACCGCCUCAGAAUAAAUCGUUUGAAUUCUUUGAAUGAGAUAUUCCAUGACGUAAUUGGUUUUAAAACCGACUUUACGGUUUCUCGCCAGUUGAAAACUGGACAAUCACUUCCAAGCCUUAUCAAUGUUGAUGUUUCACUUAAAAUGUCUUUUAUUACGUCAGGAUGCAAUAUUACAUCCAUUUUCCGCUUUUUUUUUCUCAGCAAUGCCAAAUUGCCGGUCAGCAGGCAUAAACGAGUGUCCUGUUACUGGAAACACCAAUUCGAUUAUUUUAAUAUUCUGAUGCUCCAAAAGCCAUUUAGAGCAUGCACCCACCAGAAUGCUGUUUUUAUUCUGGCCGCCACAGCCAUUUGCGACCAAGCGGAUGUUAGUAAUGCCAGUUAAAUUUGUAUGAUUUAGUCUAUGCGUAAUAGCUGAAGCUAGUAAGUUUGAAUCUUUAUUGAAUUCAUUUUCCAUGCAAUAAUAGGUAAACACACGCUCUUUGCUUAAGGGUCUAUUAGAUACACCCUCCACCACAGUAAAAUUAAAAAAAAAAAUUAUAAUUGGCGCGAAUAGUAUGCCAUUUGGUCAGGUAGCUUUGGCAAAGGCAGAUUUUUUUGGCAAUCAAAAGAUAAAAUCUUAAGUGCAUCUGAAUUAUCUUUAAGUUUUUCAUAAAAUGCUCUAGCCCUUAAAGAGUGCACAUUCUUCUCUGUCACAAGAAAAGCUUUCUUGUCAGGAUCUUGUUCAGAAGCAAUUUUUUCAGUAAGCUCUAAACGCUUUGAACAUACAUCAGUUGUUGGCGUUCCAAAGCCUAAACAAUUAUAGCAAGUAUUAAAAAUGUGCCGGAAAUACGAUUUUUUUUUUUUUUUUUUGUCAGGAGGAAGUCGCCGGACUUCCGCCCUUCACUGGGGAUGGAGGGCGGGGCAUGUCGGAGUCGAACCGACUAAAACCUCCUGUCUCUCAACAACCAACGUCCAAACCUCGCAUGAGACAAAACUCAUGAAAAGGCAAGGGGGGGAAAGUGAAGCGUUUAGUGCGGAGCACAUCUCUCCCAUCACCCUCCCCCUCGGGACGCCGGACUGGCGGUCGUCGGCGCCACGACCACCAGCCCUCUCGGUCGGCAGGCUAUCCGAAGCCCGCCUAGAUGGCGCCGGUUAGAAUGGUCUAUCCUACGGAAUACCCCGCUGGGUCAGAACCAGCGUGGGUUGAGGAUAGCCGGCCUUCCAUCACCCGGAUGCUCAUGCAUAAAACGCGUGCAGAGCAGCUUGCACGUCGUCUUCUUAGGCCCCCUUCGUCGGUCCCCAGGCCGACAUGUGAGGGAGACCCGAAACACUUAGAGGGCCAGGGCUUGGGCGAGAUCCGCCUCCCUGGCCCCCGCUCGACGGCGGCGGGCCUGUGCGUCUCUCACGCGCCCCGCCGCCUCCUUCUGCGAGAUGGUGCACUCGCAGAAGUCGAGCAUCGCCUUCCACGACUCGUCGUCACCGAGCAUCGAUGCCACAACACUCGGCAACGACAAGUCGUUUCCUAUUUUUGCGACGAGGACACGGCGCCACCCCUCCCAUGCGGGGCAGGCGACGAGCGUGUUCUCCGCCGUGUCCAAGUCGCAACCACAAUGGUCGGAAAUACGAUUGCUUAACAGCGCUAUUAUAAUGCUCACUGUCUUUGUAAAUUUUGAACAGCUUUUUGAUGUUCAAAUUUGAGGGUAAAUAUUUUCUUUCAGCCGUCUUUGUUUUCCUGCAGUAAUGAGAUUCAACACAUUGUAAUUUUUGUAUAAAAUUAUGAACAGAUAGUUUUUGUGCCUCAUACAAGUGUUCUCUGCGACUUCCACCUGAAAUUAAACAAAAUAACUUAAAGUAGAUAAUAUGUAGGUUACCUGAAAUUAAAGCAAAUAUUUUAAAUUAAAAAAUUAAUUUUUACCUCGCCUCUCAUCAAUGAUUAUAUCUCCAGCAUGAAAAAAUCUAUUCAUUACAUACGCCACUCUGUUUUUCGUUACAUUAAACAGGCUUAAAAAUAGUUUCUGGCAAAUUGGCACCUUAACAUUACGUACAAAUACGCCAUAUUUAAUUGUUGUUUGUUUUACUCCAUUAAAACCUACUCUCCGCUUCACGGGUUCAAUAGAAGAAUAUUUUAAUAUUAGAGAGUCUUGAUCUUUUUUAUUUUGAUGUUUAUAAAAUAUUUCUUGUAAUUGUUUUAACUGAGCUAUUGUUAAUGUGGCACAUUUUAAUGCUUUCGAAUUAUGGGUGCAGACUUUAUCUGGCAAUGAUUUCACUGAGUAUCUAAAACAAAAAACAAUACAAAUUGGUCAAUAUAACUUAAGUAACAAGAAAUGACAACCUUAUGGGUAAAAUUACCUCAAUUCCUUGGCCCGGUUUCUUGUCCAAUUUUCUGGAUUCCUCUUGCGUUUUUUUGUAAAAUUGUUAGUUACUAAAGUAGGGUGGUCUUCCAUGAUUAUAUUUUUACUACUUUUUAUUAGCUUCAAUCACAAAAACACUAAGAAAUUAUUAAAAUUCACGGAGCAUAAUGUUUCUGCGGCCAUUACAAAACGUAAAUGAACUCUCGUCUGUGAUUGGUCGAAGGCGUAAGAUGGCCGGGUUUGCAUUAAAAGUUUUAUAGAUUACCGGAUUUGAUGCUGAUGUCAGGUUUUAACAUGUUUUUAGUAUGGUUUAAUGCAGGUUUUGAAUCGUAUUCUUUGAAGAAGACGUUUUUAUUCAAAUCAGUCUGUAUUGCCAUAUCAAUAACAUUUUUUUGGCUAAAUGCACAGAUUGCCACCUUUGAUAAUAGACGACUCAAAAGUCAACUCAAAUUUGUAUGCAGUUGGAACGUUUGCGUACGUUUGCCGCUAGGGGCGCUGUUCCAACUGCAUACAAAUUUGAGUUGACUUUUACGCUAUCGAGAAUGUUAAAAAACUUGCACUAAGCACACUGGACAGUGUUGUUAGAUAUGUCGCGUCUACAUUCCGUCGCGGUGUCUCGCACAGACAUUCCUCCGAUGUGUGAUGACUGAUGAUAAAUACAACUUUGACUCCGAAACAUAUCAUUAUGUUGAAAUAAAUUAUUUAUCAAUUUUAAUUAAUUCCUCGACAAUGCAAUGUUUGUUAAUAAGCCACAAAGUAAGUGAAUGUAUAACAAUAAACAAUAUAUUUAAUACAGGGUGUAAGAGGCCGUUUUGGUGUGCCGCAACUAUUGUGAAGUUACUGGCUUAAAGUUACCUGAAAAUAAUAUGUAUUCGUUUCCUAAACUAAAGAUAAAUGUUUUUUUUGUAGGAAUGCUUUGCUUUGUAAUUGCAGUGUUUACUUUUUGGAGGAGUAAACUUAGUAGAGGUAGGUAGAGUAAACUUAUGUGAAGCAUUUAAUUGUGUUAAUUUUGUAUUCUUGGGGUGUUGUAAACUGCACAAAUGUGAGAAAAUUAACAAAAUAUCUUGGGUUCUUUAAAAAAGCAAAUUUCCACUUUUACUGGAACAUCAAUUUCGCCCCAUAAUUAAUUCGUCUUAAUAAUAAAACCCAUUUUUCAUUUCGCUCUAAUUUUUUUAAUGUUGCAAAUUGUAAAUUGAAAUUCGGUUCUACUGAAUACUAACAAUGUAUUGAAAGAAAGAGUUUCCACACUGGGAAAGAUAAGAAAUGAUUUAUUACUAUCCUGUUAGUAAUUACUAAUUUUAUAACUCCUGUCUUUAUUUUCGGAAACACUGGUUUCUGUACACACUGUAUGAAUAAUCUAUUUGCUGUUGGUUCAGGAGGCGAGGUCAGACUCACAUAUCACAUAACAAUUGACAAUGACAGUUAUAAUAAUCUAAUAAAAUAUUUCAAAGCUAAUAUUUUUUUAAGUCCCUUAAGGUGACAUAUUUGUAGUGCAACUACACUCGCGAGCAAAAGUUUGGAAUCACUUACUUGAAAUUAGUUCCGCGCGAUCUCGUGUACUAUUUUUUUUUUAAUAAUCAUAAAAAUGACAUCGUUUUAAAGGUUUAAUUCUUAACUUCAAACUGAUAAUAAAUUCAUUAAAAUCAAGCCAGUAUUUAAGAAGCUAUUCCGGAUUAAGUGAAGGAAUAACGAAAAAUACGUGUUUCAAUUGCUUGAUACGUCGCGAGUUGCGACUUAUUGACCCGUAUAAAAGCACCUGUUAUCGGAUUUUCUUUAUCAGUUGACUUUCACACGUUGACCGGUACACGUCUCCGCUAAUUUUGAUCCUUUACCUUGUACGACAAUGGAGACAACACCUACAGAAGCAGCACAAAUCGUAGACCUAUUGCAAGAAGGGCUCAGCCAGCGGGUUGUCGCUCGACGGCUCCACAUAAGCCAGUCCUGUGUUUCGAAAGCUUACAAGCACUUUCAGGAGACUGGUGGCUAUAUCCCGAGACCAAGAUCUGGACGGCGCCGGUGCACAUCGGAGAGGGAUGACUAUUUUAUCGUGUCAACCUCUCUCCGAAAUCGGCAUUUACAUGGUGUCGACGUCCAACAGGAGCUCCGAGAUAUUCGUGGGGUAGCAGCCAGCGAAUGGACACUUUGUCGACGACUCAAGCUAACGAAUCUGAUUUCAAAAAGGCCUCCCACAGGCUCGAAACUCACGGUAGCUUACCGACAAGCACUCCUUCAAUUUGCUCGCACCAUCUUGAUUAGGAGGUUGAGCAAUAGAGGCAAGUCCUGUUCUCCGACGAGAGCAGGAUGUGUUUGCACGGUAGCGACCGAAGAGGUCGGGUCUACAGGCGGCCUGGGGAGCGAUUUGCGCAGUGCUGUUUCACUGAAACAGUGGCUUAUGGGGGCGCCAUUGUAUGAUGUGGGCCGGCAUUUCCUUCGAUGGUAAAACCGAGCUUGUUUUCGUGCCUGGCGGGGGACGAGGAGGAGGUCUAACUUCGGACUGGUACAUUUCCAAUAUUCUGCUGGAACAUGUCUUUACCUAUGCUGGAUAUAUCGGUGAUCACUUCCUCCUUAUGCACGAUAACGCUCGUUGUCACUCUGCCCGUGUAACAACUGUAUACCUCGAAGAAGUCGGUAUCGCCACAUUGGACUGGCCAGCGCUCAGCCCUGACUUGAAUCCCAUUGAGCACGUGUGGAAUGAACCGAAGAGGAAGUUUCGUUCCAGAACUCCUGCUCCUUCAUGUCUGAAUGAGCUGAAAUCAGCGUUGAUUUACGAGUGGGAAGGUAUCCCACAAGAAUCAAUUCAGAAGCUGAUCAUGUCUAUGAAGAAUCGUCUUCGAGCAGUUAUUAGGGCAAGGGAAAGGAACACAAAGUACUGAUACUUAAUUUUAAGGCUAAAUAAUUUCUUUUACUUAUUAAUUUUUGUUGUUUUGUUCAUUCAUUAUUUUUCCAUAUUUCCUUGUUUUCCUACCUCCUUCACUUAAUCCGGGAUAGCUCCUUAACUACUGGCUCGAUUUAAAUGAAUUUAAAGUUGACAGCUGAACCUUUAAAAUUAUGUAAUUUUUAUAAUAAUUAAAAAAAUAUUUAGUAACCAAGAUCGCGCGAAACCAAUUUCAAGUAAGUGAUUCCAAACUUUUGCUCGCGUGUAUAUAUCUUUGCGCCAUUGAAUUUAUUAUUUCACAUAUUUUAGUUUUAUUUUACAUUUAAUGAUUUUUAAUUACAACUAUAAUGUAUAGAAGUAUACAUUGUUUAUAGAAGUUGUGUAUUCUACAUAUUAUUUUGACAUUGAACAACGAUUGUUGUUACAUGUAUUGAUUGGAAAACUUUGUUUUGUAUUAAAUUUUGUAAAUUUGUGGAAUUCGAAUAAAUUGUGAAUUUUUCGUUUGACA